ACCUGACUACAUGUGAGAAUCGAUCAUCUGUUCAUGGGUUUGGCUUGUCUGUUGGCUCGUCUACUCGUUUCAAUUUGUGGCUAGUUUUUUUACAAAUACAAUAGUUUUUAAACUAAUAAGUUUUAAAGUGAUAGAUUCUCUACAAAACAACCAUUACGAUGCAUCUCCGGAAUGUUUUGGCGUACACCUACGUGGGCUCCUUCACAUCAGCAGUGGUGAUCAUAUCUCUGUUCUACUUGUUUCAAGGAAAGGGAGAAACCCUAAGUAUUGGAUGGCUUCUCACCGAAAUGUCCCCCUACAUGUGGGCCAGUCUUGGAAUUGGACUUUCUGUAGCUCUAUCAGUGGUCGGUGCGGCCCUCGGAAUACACACAACCGGAGUAAGUAUCAUCGGAGCUGGUGUAAAGGCUCCUAGAAUCAAAACCAAAAAUCUUAUCUCUGUCAUUUUCUGUGAAGCUGUAGCUAUCUAUGGAUUAAUCACCGCAAUUGUACUUUCGGGAAUGAUUGAACAAAUACCAGAAGAUUUGUCACCUGAUGCGAAAGGAGUCAACUGGAUGUCUGGACACAUCAUUUUCUUUGCUGGCAUCUGUGUAGGACUGGUCAACCUUUUCUGUGGUAUUGCUGUGGGUGUAGUUGGCUCAGGAGCCGCUUUAGCUGACGCUGCAAAUUCUGCUCUUUUUGUGAAAAUUUUGAUCAUUGAGAUUUUUGGUAGUGCUAUUGGUCUGUUUGGACUUAUCGUUGGAAUCUAUCUUACAUCCAAGGUUAAGAUGGGAGAGAAGUAAUAAUCUUACUGCUUUUUUAAAUUUAGUUGGUACCGACAUGCUGUUCCACCAAGCAUAUUUUUUUAUUCAGGAAAUGUUGUAAUAAUAAUUGUAGAACUUCUUACAUAUACAAAACCAUCAUUAGUUUUACUUCCAUGUAUUAGUGAAAAACUGCCAUUUCAAGAACUGCUGUUUCAUUUUUUUUCGAAAUAAGGACAAAACAUCAGCAAGUUCUCAUAUAUUGGAAUUAUUCAACUUACCUUAAGUAUCAUCAAGUAUGUAUAAGUUAUCAUCAAUAGUCAAAGUAACAUGUUAAUACCAGCCAUGAUGUCAAACAAAUCUAUUCUAUAUCAAUAGCUCUAACCCAUGAUAAUGUUAAUUGUCUAGAAACUAGAACAAAUGAUUACUGCGUUGACAGAUCCUUUACGUUAUUGUUGAUAUAAAAUCUAGUAUACAAUGAUGUAUUUAUUGCAAGUAUUAGUUAUAUGAUUUGAUAUGACUAGAUAAACAUUCCAAUAAUAGGAAUAGGGUAAUCUGUUAAAUACAUAAAAUAAAUUUCUCUAUUUAUAAUUACGAAAGUGAUGAAAACCAUAAAUCUAUUCUAUCAAUUAUUUCUAUUCAGAAAUUUAUUCUAUCUAUGAAGUCACGGACAUUGUAACUCACAUUCUUGUAUAUUAUUAUUAUAUUGAAGUUUAAACUUGAAAUGAUAGCAUUCUACUCUUAGAAAAACUGAUUCAUUGUUUGAGUGCAGCUAAGUGUUUAUUACUCGACAAACUUUCCAUUAUUAUAUUAUUAUUGGUCGUUUCAUGUCUCAGUUGAUUCCUCCAAGUCGUCAAUACAAUUCAUUUAUUCAUUUAUUAUAUAAAAUACUAUAAUCAUAAUACAAUUAUGACAUUGGAGGAAAAACUGGGCUGAGCCUGUACUAUUUCUCUCCAAAAAUUUUGAUAAAAUGUUAAUGUUGUCCAAAAGAUAAGGUUAUGUAAUUACACACUGCUUCGUUACUUGAUUUUCGGUCCAGGAAUGAUGAUUUUAUACUCUAAAUGAAUCACAGAAUGUAUCACAAUAAAUUAAAAACUUUAGAAAUAUUGCACUUAUUUAAAAAUUUUAAUACAAAAUCAAAAAAUUAACAAUGUUAUUGUUUUAUCAGUUGAAAAGAGUAUUGGUUAGCAGGAACUGUUUAUAUAACCAAUAGAAAUUGGUAUUAGAUUUCAACUGAAUAUUUUUAUUGUGUAACUGUAUAAAUAGACUUUAUACCUACCAAUUAGUAGCAUAUUAUAUUAACACAUGGCAUAGUAAUUCCCUCAGUUCAGCCUCUGCACUGAACUAUCUCUUAUAUUAUAGUUAUCAAGAACUAUAUUUUGUAAAACUAUUCAUGUAGACUCAUAAAUAUGUAGCCCUGGUAGACUUAAUUAAACAUUAGUCGAUGUUCAUAUGUAUAUAUAAUUACUUCAAAGAUGGUGUGGAUCUUGUACUGUAAAUAAUAAUUAUUAUAAUGUGAAAUUGAAAAAUAAUUUUAAUAAUUGUUGAUAUUUAACAAUAUAGGCGCAAAGUAUCUGUGUUGAUAGAAAACUAUCCAUUGUGAAGAAUAGUAAAAUUUAGUUUGAAUGGAGUUAUGUUGGAAUUUUAAAAUAAACAGGCUGUCAUGUUAUAA